UGGGACCAAUAGGUUAAAGGUCGAACGGAAGUUCCCGAAGCUUCCGGUCGCCCGCUUGGAGAGGCGUUAUGGCUAAGCAUCAUCCGGAUUUGAUUUUCUGUCGCAAGCAGGCUGGUGUGGCUAUUGGAAGACUUUGUGAAAAAUGUGAUGGCAAAUGUGUGAUCUGUGAUUCCUAUGUGCGUCCCUGCACGCUGGUUCGCAUAUGUGAUGAGUGUAACUAUGGAUCUUACCAGGGCCGCUGUGUGAUCUGUGGAGGUCCCGGAGUCUCUGAUGCCUACUAUUGUAAAGAGUGCACCAUUCAGGAGAAGGAUAGAGACGGAUGCCCAAAGAUUGUCAAUUUGGGUAGCUCUAAGACAGACCUGUUCUAUGAACGGAAAAAAUACGGCUUCAAGAAGAGGUGAUUGGUGGGCAGCUCCUUCCUCCCCCAUCAAGCUGCUGCAGCUGCCAGAAAAGACACCGACUACCACCAGCAGAAAGGGAGCAGAGCCCAGAAUCACCAGAGCGCCUGCUAGCGUGCUGGCCCCUUGCCACUUUUCUUUCCCUCACCCAGGUGGGUGAGAAUGGAAAAGGGUUCUUCGCAGAGCACGCUGGCAGACUAUCCAAGAAAACUUGAUCAGCUAGUUUAUAUUUGAAUUGGAGCAGCAAGGCUCUGUUCUCCAUACUGAUAGUUCUUCCUACACCAAGAGCUUCAAAACAGGAAUAAAGUCCUUCCGCCCUCUGUCUGAGGGCUUAACUACAGAGCCACCCCAGUGAAAAGCGUGUCCUUGCAGCAGCUCUGAUGGCAGUUGUCCUUGAUGACCCUCAGUGGCGGGGCCAUCAGAACAAUAACCAUGGUCUUUAAAAGCUUUUACCAGGUUUCAUGGUUUUUACGUUCCAAGGAAUUGGAAACUUUCUGUUGCUAUUCUAAUAAAGCUGGUGUUUAUUUUCUGGUA